AUGAUGCUGAGUAGCGUAGAUUGCACUCGAAGAUGUCUGAAAUGGUAUAAGAAGUUAUUUUUCCAUUCGAUUGACAUAACAUUGCUAAACGCACAUGCAAUUUUUUCCACAAGACAUACUAAGAAGACUUCAUUCGCCAAUUUUCAUCUAGCGGUUAUUGCUCAACUUAUAGAAAGUAAAAUCUAUACAUUGCGAUUUGGGCAAUGCCAGGCUUCAGAAUAG